UUGGUAACAAGCACAAGAAACCAGUAUCUGUUAGUUCGCCGGUUAGCUUUUCAACUUUAAGUCUGUAAAAAAUUACAUUUGCUUAGAUUAACUACACAGGUUAAUACUAGCAAAAUAAAUUCUAGUUGUUUGUGCUUGUGUUAAAUGUCGUUCUCGUACUUUCUGCUUCGAAACAGUGGAAUAGUUCAUUAUAUCCAGUUAGCUAGUGUGAAUGUCGGACAGCUGUACUAGCUAACUGUAGCAGGUCUCGCGCGAAAUAAUGGACCUUCAGAUACGACAAUAUUUAAAACUUUCACAGGAUAAAGACGAUGCUGUAGCUCUGAGGAAGGCUUAUGCCACAAUGAAGGACGCAGAUACUCGGUGUUUCCUCCCUGAGCUGUUUGUGCUGUGUGCAGAGCAGGCUCUUAGGCUGGGAUGUAAGGAGAUCACAGAGGACUGCCUAAUGAUGUACUUUGAGAGCAAACCCCCACCUAAUCAGUUUCUAUGCCGUGCAUACUUCUGCCAGGCUCAGAUGAACUCACCAUGCACUAUUGCCUCUGUGGAGGACAUGGAGAGAGCUGUGGCAUACUAUUUGAAGGCUAUAGAAAUAUCUAAAGACAAGCCGAGAUACCAUUUUCUAGUCUACAAUGCUUCUGUUCUGUACCUUCAGACAGUGCGAGCUUUCCUGCGGCCUGGCUGGCGGCAGUACUUGGUCUCCUCCCUCACACAGGUGCUCAGUGCUCUGGAGGAAGUAGUCGAACCUGACUAUACCUGGCGGGCUGAACUGAUGAUACUCCUUGUGGAGUGCCUGGUGGAUGCUGGUAAAAAGAACGAUGCUGCUGAUUUUUCAAAGGUCACCUCUGAUUUUAUAGAGCAGCACACACCCGAUCUGUAUCCCCGAAUUUUCUCCAUACAGGUUCACCAUGAUCUUAUAGACGUCUCCAUGAUUUUACCUAAAGCAAGUCCAAAAUUACUUGCCAUCUAUAAACUGCAGAAGCUUAAAAAUACCGCCGUGAAUGAAGGCAGAAAGGAGUCUGAUGAACUGAGGGAGAUUUUUUUCUUGCUGACUGAUUCAUCCCAAACCCAAUCAUCUGCCUCUAAUAGUUUUAGUCCUGACCCAGAUCACAGUCCUCAAAUAUCAUUGCCUGGCAGGAUUGAGCUCCUUUUGGAGUUGGCCUUCCUGUCUCUACAUUUGAAAGCACAGUUCAUGGCGGAGGAAUGUAUAAAGAUGCUAAAGACCAUUGAUGAGAUUGCUGUUUGGCAGCGUAUCAUGGUGGAGUGUGUUGAGUGUGAACUGGCCCUUAAUAAACAGAAUGGCAACAUUGAGGACUACACCAAAAGCAGUGUGGAGGCCCAGUUACGUGUAGUAAGCCGUUUAGAAGCAUUGCUCCUCAGGGCAGUGAGAGAGGGAGAUGCUGAGGUGACACAGAGUGUGUGUGCUGCUCUGUGGAACAGCUGCUUACCUCUGCUCCAACAUAAUCUCCGGAAGAACCUUAAAAGCCCUCUACUCACCCUUUCACAAGCCCUAGAAAACAUGAAUAGCAUGUUGCUGGACAUGCGGUGUCAGAUCCAUGCUGAGCUGGCUGCUAUAGAGGAGGAAGCAGAGAGGUUAGAGCCUGCAGCACGGCACCUCCAAGCAGCCCUGGUCCUGGAUGAGAGGGGCCAGUUACAACAGCGUCUGUCCUUCUCUCUUCACCUGAUUCAGCUGCGCGGCAAUCUUUACAGAACUCCCACACGCAGAGAAGACCAAGCAGCCACGCUCAUUCAACAGACAAAAGAGCGGCUGGGUAAUGAGCCAGCAAAGAAAUGGCGCCACACACUGGUUAGUGCUGGUAUUGCUUUGGCACCUGAAACUUUCCAGAUGGUCCUGGAUGCAGACAGCACAGCUAAAGUGUCGGGUAGCAGACUACAGGACAAUGUGGAACAACUUGCUGCUAAAGCCAGGCACUACAGGACCUGUGUACAAAAAGUAGAAUGUCAUCUUGCCAGGCCGGAGGGAGACACAAAUGACAGAGAGAGGAUGAGACUGUGGGUGUCCCUAGUCAAGGCUGCAAGGAAAGAGGAAUUGUGGGAUGUAUGCAGGGCAGCUUGCCGAUUCUGUCUGCUUUAUGAUGAUGGGAGAUGGACAGUCAAGUGUAAACAAAUGUACAAGGAAGAGAGUGGAGAGCGAGAGCUGCUGCGUCUACUGGCUGAGGUCCACUUUAUCAAUGCUGAGGCAACUAUUCAUAAACUCCGCUCUGAGGGAGUAGAACUCAAUGACUCUCCUGUCCCACCUGUUAAGAGAGGCGUACCCACACUGGAUACCCACACUGAGAAUGACCCUCAGUGGACUCUUUACAGUGACUGGAUUCAAGAGAUGUCAGUCUAUGCAACAACUAGUUUCUUGCGAGGUGCAGAACUCGGGGCAGAGCUGCAGGAGCCGUGGCUGGUGGUUAAUGCUGCUGUUUACCUGUGGAACUAUAAUAACCACGUUCUUGCCACAGAGGGUCAAGACAAGCUUGUACAAACAUUCAGCCAAUUGGUGGAGCUACUCAGACAGACAGGCCAUGAGGGGGAAGUGGUGCUGCUUGUCCUGCUGUGUGAUACUGUCGCACAGGGUAUUAUCCAGCCUUGGUGUAGGACAUCUGGACAUACAAGUCAUAAGGAAAAGCAGCCUCAGGCUGACAAGACUAAGAAAAAUGCAAAGAAAGGAAUGGAGAAAUCAGUCUCCACUCAGGCUGUUGCACUGGAGGCAGCUGGUGUACAUGACAUUAAGAAGGCUCUGCAGAUGUGUGACUAUGCUCUGCAUCUCUCCAAUGGAAACAAUGAGACGGUCCCCAUUGUGGUGCGAAAGCAGCUUCUCAGUACAUGGGUAAAUGCCAAAUACCUGAUGCAACAGCAGAUUGGACAGAACCUCGAUAUUGAUGAUGAGUGUAAAAAUGAGGCAAUGCAAGCCAUGUCACGUGUACUGGUUGGAGUGGAGAUGCUGCGGUGUAAUAGUAACCAUGGACCGAUGGAGUUCUCUGUGCCAAGCCUUACUACGCUCGUGCAAAUAGCAUCUAACUGUAAAUGGUCUGAUCCUGUGGUUGAGCUAUAUGCAUGGUCUCAGCUUGCUCACUUUGCCCAUCGGAGCGCUGAUCAUGACCUUGUUAUGACUUGCACCCAGGAUGCACUUCAGCUGGGUCAGAAUGCUAUCCAUAAGGCAAAAACCUCAGUGUGUAACCUGUACAGUGUGAAAGCAGUGCAGGAGAUGCUGAGUAGUGCUGCAUGUUUCAGAGGCUUGACUAUGCUUCGUAAUUGCUGUGGCCAUAAUGCCAAAUACACAGAGGCUCUUGCCAUGCUUCAGACUAGCAUCAGCUAUGCUGAGCAGGCUGGUAGCUGGCCUCUCUGUGGGACUGUAGCAAGGCAUUACUGGAACUCCUGCCUCCCGCUCUUGGACACUCCUGAGCAGAGACAGCAGCUCCGAAAACCACUGGAGCUUAUUGUGAAGGCCCUAUCCUGCACCUACCCUCAACCAGCCAGUGUAAGAAAUGGAGCAGUGAAUGCUCAGAAGGAAACACGAUCAGGACCUGCAACUUUAGCACAGGACUCUAACAGUACAGCUGAAGAUGACCUAGCUGUGAGAGCAGCCAUGUACAAUGUGAUGUUCCAAAUCCAUGUAGACAAUGGUAAUUUGAGGAGUGGCCUGCAGGUCUUGGAUCAGGCCAUCAGAGAGAUGCCCCGCAGCCCUCACAGACUUGCUCUCUAUAAGCAGAGGGUGCUGGUGAAGGCUCAGCUAGGGGACAGCAUUGAUCUGGACAUGCACAAGUUUACAGAGUAUGGAGAAGUGGCCUGUGCUAUGAUGUGGCAUCACGUGGCUCUGUCUACCAGAGACACACAGCAAAAAAUGCACUGUUAUCAGAACGCAAUCAAUAAAUUACAAAGUGCUGGUAGUCAGUGGCAGAAGGUGAAUUUACUGCUGGAAUUUGCAGAGUGGCUGUACUGUAAUAAUUUCCCCGUGACUGAUGCACAGCUACAGACCCAGUUGGCCAUAGACAUUCUGCUCUCCUCUGGUUUGGACACUAGUCAGAAUGACAGUAACCAUGGGAACCCUGGUCAGGCAGAUGCAGUUGUCCCAGUCAGCAGUUCGUCUCAGCUGAGUACACAGGCUCCAACGUCUGUGCUGACUCAAACUGAGCUGAAUGAUGUGCGCACUCUAGAUAUUCUGGUGCAAGCACAUACAUUACUGGCUCUCAUGGAGUGCAGAGUAUCUGCCAAGCACCAGCAGUACCUGCUUCAAGCUUAUCAGUAUGUUGUAAAGAUCUGGCAGGUGUCCAUGGAAAAGGCUCAGGAAGUCAUCAAAGAUGUGUUAAAGAAUAGUGAUGGUCUAUCUCAGCCUGUGUUAGCAGAUAGCCCUAGAAAAGACAAGGAGAAAGAGAAAGAGAAAGAAAAAAACUCAAAGUCUAAAGAGAAGAAGCCCAAGGUCCCAGGUUUGGACACUUCUUUUCAGCUGAGCUUAGAGAAAUGGGCCCAGUUUGAGUGCCCUGAAGAGUUUCGACAGGCUUUCAAACAUGACCGUGGCCCUUGCUCCAUCAACAGCUACAGCAUCAGCAUGCAGAGCCGAACUCUGUUCUAUCUAGACGUCCUGGUGAAAGAGUUGGAAUCCAUCUCUCUGACUCUGCUGACCCUACCUCCUUUGCACCUGGCUGAGGUCAUUGCUCAUGAUCUCUUUCUCAGCAAGAGCCAUUCUGACCUUUACCGCCUUAGGAUAGUGAAGACAUGUUGUGAACUGGGGCUUGACUCUUCAUCACCCUAUAAAGAAGCACUACUGAGUUUUGUUCAUAUUCCUGAGGAUGAGCAGAUGUUAUACCGAAAGACAGUUGCUCUUGAAAGGGAAAGACUUCAUACAGUGGAUCAAGUCAAUAAGAUGCAGGAGAUGGCACCUCCUUGCAGUGUGUGGGGAGUAGCUGAAGACAGUAUGUCCAGGACGAGGUUGAGUAGAUGCAUUGUGCAGGAGCUGUGGCUGGACAAAGCUGCUGUGUGCAUCAGUAUGGGCAUCUACCAGCCUGCUAGAAGACUGUUAGCUGAGGCUCACCUGGUGGCCAAGGAACUUGGAGACCAAACCACAUUGGCUAAGAGUUUUCACCUGCUGGCUGUCUUGGCUAAUCAAGAACAGCAGUAUGGCCAGGCUCUUGCUUUACUGGAGCAGGCUCAGGAGAUUGGCGGGAAUGAGGAAUUCUGGUAUAACCUCACUGAGAGCCUCUUGAACACCACAGCACAGCUUGAUGGAGAUGACAUUUACACACAGGUGUGCCAGAAUACAGACGCAGCCAUCAGACUCUUUAGAUCUGCUCUGGAGCAAAAAACAAAUCGAGCCCCAGCCCUCCACUUUUAUAUUGCAUCACUUCAGGCUUUAGGUGCAGUUCUGUGUCGCCAGUCACUGAGGGUCACUUGUCCUGGUCCUAGUGUAAGUGCUGAGACAGUGAAGAAGCUGAAUGCAGUGUGUGACACUCUGAAAGACAGUGCAGCAACAUUAUGCCUGCAUGGCUACAAGACCCAUGCUGCAGAGACAGCCCUAGAGCAGGCAAACACUCUGAGAAUGCUGGCCAUGCUCACUUCCAUAAAAGAAGAGAAACAGCAGCACUUGCUUGAUGCCCUCUCACUCACACAGCAGGCUGUAUCCCUUCAGGAGGAAGUACUUUCCAAUUGCCUCAGGCAUCUCCCAACUCAGGAGGGUGGGUGGUGUAGGCUACCUGCCAUGCGCGUGUCAGCGCAUUUUAGGCUAGCUCUGGCUGACCUUGGUUUGUUGAUGCUGGAGAUGCUGUGUGAAGAGGAGAAGGUCCAAGCAACAAUCCGGAGCAAAAUGAGUUCCACUGAGCGAGCUGUGGAUGACUAUAUGAGGAGCAGCUCAGACUUUAAUGCUCUACAGAGGGAAUGGCUAACCAUGGGGCAGUCUGUGGGUCAGCUGACCUUUACCCAACUGACUGUGGUCCAGUCUCUCAUGAAGGAUUGUGUUGAAACCAGAAUGCAGACGUUUGGUAUGCUGGGAAAGUGCUUGAGGCUGUUAGCUCUGCAGAGAGAUCCACUCUACCCAACCUCUAUGUGGGACAAAUCAUUCAUGCAGGUAGAAAACAAAGCAGAGAGAAAGGAAAAGGAGAAUGAAAAAGAGGAGACCAGUGGAGUAAUGGAGGGCAGCAUAACAUGGAGAGAGGACGCAAUUAAAAGUGAUGAAAUGCAGAACAACAGGAAGUCAGUGAAGCAAAUGUUGGCGCAAGCCAGUGAAACUCUAUAUGAGGCUUUGAGCCUUGGGCUGCAACAAAACCUACCCGAGCUGCUCUCAGAUGUUUGUGAGGAGCUGCUGGAGUCUCACUGCCAGUAUGACCCCGAUGCCUUAGGCCAGUACCUCGCGUUGCUACAGAGCUGUGUGUGCUGUACUGAGAUGUCCAGAGUGUUACAUGCUGCCUGUUGGGACAGCAGUCGUUCUCAGGUGGCUGCUCUUCUGGGUCUACAGAAAAGCCUGAAGUUCUUUCUACCCAGCCACAACAGCCUACUUUCAGCCACUGACCACUCACUCCAUACACUGUCACAGGCCUACCAGCACCUGAUUGUAAACCCUAACCACUUGAACCUCCUGGGAGAACUGCCACCUAAUCUCAAAAUCCUGCUGUUGCAACAUUCUAAAGACUGUUCAGUGCUCUAUGGGGCUUUUUAUGAAAAGGCAAAAUCUACUGAAAGUCAUAAAUUUAAAAGUAUGCAGACAGCAGGUGGGCUGGUGUGCUCCAGAGUGACCAAAGCCCGAGUGCAGCCUUCUGUUCUGCUCCAACUCCGAGAUCAAGCCCAAGGCUUCCGACAACUCGCUGCACAAUCCGUGAUAAAAGUCAGAAAUGCUGGCCAGAAUGAGGAUUACACAUGGCUGAAACACAACACAGACCAAGAGUUAAAAGAGUGUUUUCAAACUGUAGUUAAAGGAAUGGAGAAUUAUCUGCAUCCUAUCCUCUCUCAGUUCGACUUCCUUGUCAGUCGCUGCCAUCAAUCGACAGUCAUUGAUGAGGCAACAUGGCCCAAAGAUAAAGAAGAACAAGAGGCUACAGAUAAAUCUUUGCCUGAGCAUGGCGAGUGUGUAGUGGUGUUAGCAGACACUAUGUUGCUGGAGUUGCCAUUAGAAGCUCUCGCUGUUCUGCAGGGAAGUGGAAUCAGCUCCAUCACACGGGAUUUCUCCUUGCAGGUCUUUCACACACGUCUCCACAAAGACAAGCAAGUUGAAAGUGACAACAAAAAGGAGAGAAAAAGUGCAAAGGCAGCUAAAGGAAAGGGGGAUCAAAGUAAAGCCAUCAAAGUGGCACCGGUCUUACCUGCGCACACAUUUUUAGUGGAUUCACACAAGUUCAAAUAUAUUGUUUAUCCACAUAAUGAUGGAGGACACAGCAGUUGCAGUCCAGCAGAGACCAUGAGAAAGAUUCUAGACAUGUACUCACAACAGUUCACAGCUCACUGGGAAGGAGUCAUAGGAAGUGAGAAGCCUUGCAGCCCUCAAGAUUUGGAGCAUCUGCUGACAAACUGCAGUUCUUUUAUCUUCUGCGGUGGAGAAAGCUUUCUCACCCGUAUCUCUCCUGACAGACUGGCCAACCUCAAUCUGAGUGAAUGUCAGUUGGCUGUCCUCCUUGGCCUGUCUCAUAACAGCUAUAGCAUGUGGCAUCAUUCUCAACAGGAUAUUCAAAAGAGAAAGGCCUACGUUGCUCUGGAGAGUCCUUUAGAGUGUGUUUAUCUGCUCACCCUCAGUGGAGUUCACUCCAUAAUGCUCAAUCAGUGGUCCAGCAGCACCAGGAGUAAUGCACACCAUUUGGAAGCCAUCAUGGAAAAUCUUCUGAAAACAGGACUAACAUCCGGUCAAGCUGUCCAUACUCUGCGUGUGAUGGCAUCUUUUGCCCAGAGAGAGUCUGAAUAUUCUCUGAAUGAGGAUGCUGUACGAGACUGGAGUUCACCCUCUGCUUUCAACUUCAUCAUCUAUGGAUUACCUAAUUUAAUUGUUACAUGAACACAUGGGACAUUCUCACAGAAACAUGCUACAACAAAGAUUGUUGAAAUUAAUUUACUGUUCCAGCCUCAAAUAUCAACAUCAAAUCAAAUACCUACUAAAAUAUCCUUGAUUGUUUAGGUUUUUCUAGCAUAAUCUAUCUGUUUUAUAGCACUUAAUAAAAAUACAUUUAAAACAGGCUUUCCCAGUGUUCCACACAACACACAAUAAAUAAAUGAAAACAUUUAAGUGACCUAGGAAAUGGUCAGGCUAAUUGUUAGGAAGACAAAUUGUUCAAUAAUAUACAAUUUAAGUAAGUUUACAUCUGGAUUUACCACAUAUUUUAAAGAGAUGGGUUUGUUGUGUUCUGGAAGCACUUGGGUUAUAGUAGCCAUCUCUUAACAACACCUUUCUUUAAGAGAUUUAGUGCAAAUGAUGAAGAAAAAUGUCACUUUCCAUCACAGUAAUGACCAAAACAUGAAUUCAAGUCAGCAAAGGAAAGGCUGCAGAAUAAGAUCUUGGAAUGGUCCAGUCAAAGCCCAGAUCUAAAUUCCAUCGAAAACCUGUAAACAGAAAACUUUGUACUUUAAUAGAACUGGAGCAUUUUGCAAAGAAGAGUGGAAUAAAAUGGCCAAAUGAAGAUGUGAAAAGUUGGUAGGCUCUAACCCCAAAAGACUGAGAGCUUUAAAACAAGUAAAAGCUGCUUUAAAGUAGUUAAUGGGUAAACAGGUAUGUAACCAGUCUGUUGUUGUUUUUUCUUUUUUUUCCCCCUGACUUUUAUUGGUUGUUAAAUCACAUUAAAAGUCAAAAAUAAUCUUCCAUAAUUUGCAUGGUUUAAUUAUUUACUUCACAAAAAACUGCUCUUUCAACAGAGUGUGUAGACUUGUUAUAUCCACUGUUUUUGGUUGCACAAAAAAACCCCAGAAUGUUUGUUUAUAUUAACAACUGCUAAUCUCUUUUAAUCACGUUUGGUUUGUUUUAUGCUUGCUUCUAAUCUUGUAUUUAUUCGGUCCAUGCAUUGUCUCUGUAACACUCUUUAAGUACACAGAGACCAGCAGGAGAGGCGCUUUUCACAAAAACAAAUUUAGAAGUUAAGAGCCAUCUCUUGCAAAAGGGAAGUGAGCAAGCACAGAGUACAGCACUGUGAGUCAUGAAUUAUUGUGAAAUGAGGAAAGAGAGCUCUGCAUCAAUAGAAAGUGUGGGAAGGUAGAUCAACACAUUUGUUAAUAUGCAGUAUAGUGUAACAUGUAAAUAAAUUGUUCCAUGUGUUCUAAUUUUGAAAGAUGUGCGGUUAUAUGCCUGAAAUUGAGCCUGGUUAGGGUUGUUAUUAAUGCUAAUUCAGGGGAAUGUGUUUAUCAGAAUAUACAGUGCAACAAGAUUACCCAUAAUCCCAUAAUCCGUUGUUUUCAGUAAAUUCAACUCCCUUUUUAAUUAAAGUGUCCUUAAUUAGGACACACAUUUCCCUUCACUAAAUCCUCCGGCUUUUGGAGGGGUGGAUAAUAUUCCCUAUUAGUAGGGCAUCAGGCUCUGGUUUUUAAAGAUGCGUGGAAUUUGUUAAUAUUUCAAGAAAAGGCUUAUUGCUUUAAGCAGUGCCAGUUCGAAUUAUGAAAAAAGUUUGAUAUGCUUUUAAGGUUGUUCCAGAAAGUGCAGUCAUGUAAAAAGCAGGAGAAAGAAGAAGGAGACUUUCAACAAUAAUGAGGGUAACCUUUACUUCACCUUUCCUGACUCUUCCCACUUCACUGAUCUUUAGUUCUGCAUUGGAUUUGGCCUCCUAGGUGUGAAAAAUUGGUCCCUAACCACUUUAAAUACGUGUUUUAUGGUGUUUAAUAUUUAUGUAAACGUUGCUUUUAGUAUGUAUGUGUGUGAGAUAUUUGAAUAUUUUAAACUGCUGUUAAAAAUCCUGACCUGGACCUUAAGAACCAGUUUUUUUUUGUCUGUAUUGCUUUAGAAAAGCGCGAGCUACAGGCUCUACAGCAGCUUGUCUGUCAACUGAUCGAGGAGAAGGAUACAAAAAAGAGAAAGGCACACAAGACAAUUAAUAAACAGAGGUUAGCCACCUCCAUUAGCCAUCUCACCUUUGCACCAAGUUUUAAUGAUUUUGUGUGUAACCUCAACUUUCAGAACAAAGCAAGGACAGUACAGCUCUGAAAGCUUAUUGUAAGCUUUGCCCUCAAGCUUAUACAAAAAGACCUCCAGCUCAGGUGUACUUGCUGAGAAAAUACUAUUUCAUACAAAGCAAUUGGAUGUGGGUUGGUUGGUGAUGCACACAUGAGAUGUGACGCACACUAUAUGUCAGCCUUGGUCACUUUUAAAGCUUGAGUAGUAUAGAUAAAUUCUUGUAUCUCCAAAUUAGUAUAUGUAUGUGUAUAUUUCUGAAAUAUUUGUAUCUAUAUACAAAUUUAAACCUUAAGUAAAAGUGACUUUUAUUCUGUUUAAAUAGUACAAUUCACUUCCUAUUUAUAUCUGUUUAAAACACAUUAUCACUUCAAUUUGAAUUAUAUGCAAACAGAAUAUGUAAACAGUUACACCCCAAAUCAGUUUCACAAAAUCCUCCAAAUCAGCUUCACAAAAUCCUUCAGUUGUGAUCAGCAGUAAUCCCCACAGCUCAUUUUUUCUCAUCCUUCAUUUAUUCAUUCAUCAUUUAUUCAUCAACAGUUUAUGAUGUUCAGGAUCCAGAGCAUAUCCUGGGGAAUGCCACAGUUAAUAAUCAGGAUUAAACAUCGUAAUUGUACAAGUAUCUGUGUAGAUGGUCCAAAGCAUAUAUACCAAUCAUAAUCAUAAUAAAUGUAGAAAAAAUUGUGAUGCUUCCAGUGUUUUUUUCUGUUUCCUGUAUACAGCUAGCA